AUGAAGGGUCUGCGUCUAAAGAACCGCCUCUCUCGUUGCGCCAAGGACCGUCCGCCAUCGCUCGGCCCCGUAGACUUUGAGAUACGUGCACUUGGCGGGGGUACGACGAGCACCUUGCUCUUCCACGAGCUGCCUCCGAAAGGAGCAACAACUCAUCAGAGCCGUAUAAGGGAGUUGCACGAGGAAAUCAGGUGCCUGAGCAACGAGGUGGCCUACUACAAGGCUCUCACGGACGAGGCGCUGUCGCGGAUCCUGCCC